UAGCACCUGAGAAUCCCGCAGCAAGGUUGUUCCGUUAUUUGUUCCUCAUCAUCGACGGCGCGCGAUCCGUUCGACUUGUCUGGUGGUAUCCUGGUGAUGCCCAGUUCGUUCGAAACCUCCGCGCUAGCAUGAACUGACGCCGCGCUCCGUACAGUUUCUCUCCGUUCGAAUUUACGCGAAUUCAAAGUUCUACUAACCGACAACAUGCCACCACAAAGCAACGUUACCCUUCACUGCUACAACAAGGAACCCCUUUUGCGCCAGCAGAGGACCAUCAGUUUCACAUGCGGAAGUAAGAAGAAGAAGAGCAAAGACGAAAAAGAAGAGAAGAAGAAGAAUAAGAUCAAGUGCGUUCUGGUCGGGGACGAUGCUGUUGGGAAAACUUCCCUCAUAGCCUCCUAUAGUGCACACAGUUUUCCUUAUGAAUAUGUUCCUACUGCGUACGAUAAAUAUAACGUGGAAGUACAGGUGGAUGGCAAACCUAUAGCCAUGGAACUCUGUGAUACAGCUGGCCAGGAUGAGCUGGAUCCCCUAAGAAGCCUUUGUUACCCAGACUCGGACAUAUUUCUUCUUUGCUUUUCAACCGUUGACCCUUCAACCUUUGUUUCCGCUUCGACAAGAUGGGCAAACGAACUUUCAAAACGAGACGGUGCUAUAGUUUUAGUUGGAACCAAAUCGGACCUCAGCACCAACCCAGAAGUGGUGAAGAGGCUACGUUCUGAUGGACAAAGACCUAUUUCGAGUGGAGAAGCCAUCAAUUUAGCAGAAUUAUUGAAUGCACCUUAUAUCGAAACUUCAGCCAGAACUGGAAUGUUUGUAAAGGAGGCAUUCGAUUUAGCGAUCACUAUAGCAUUGAGAAACCAAAAGAAAGCUAGGAGAAAAUUCUGGAAAAAGCUCCUAUGGUGUUGCUGAUGUUCUUUCAUAGAUCCAAAUCAAACGCUGAUACCAACAACAUCUCAGUAGACAAGAAAAGUACAUUUGGAAAAGGGCAGUGAAUUAUAGAUUUGGUUUUAUACAAAUCAUGAAACUUCAUUCAAGCAGUUUCUUUUUUACUCAGUGUAGAUAGUUGUGUACACAGUAUUAUUCGAACGACUGAAAUUUCAGAUAAGACUACAUACCUUUGUUAUAUUCCAUAAUUGUGAUAUUGAUUAGUAUAAUUGUAAUUAGUUAUGUAUAUAAAUAGCUUCCUAUGUUUUAUUUUUAAUUAUAACUUCUUUUAAUACUCGUA